UCUCACUCGCUGUCGAGUGGCUGAGGAUGACCUUGUCAGGGACGCUGUUAGACAUGGAGAUGGUGGAUUACAGCGACGCCCUGGAUCCGGCCUACACCACACUGGAGUUUGAGAAUCUCCAGCUUCUCCCAGUGGCCCUCGACCCCCCCGUGGUGAGCGCCAGCGGACACGGCCCCACCUACCCUGAGCUGGGCGCCCUGUGUAACAUCUGCGGGGACCGGGCCACGGGCAAACAUUACGGCUCCUCCAGCUGCGAUGGUUGCAAGGGCUUCUUCCGCCGCAGCGUCCGCAAGAACCAUAUCUACUCGUGCAGGUUCGACAGACAGUGUGUUGUGGAUAAAGAUAAAAGGAAUCAGUGCAGAUACUGUCGGCUGAAGAAAUGCUUUCGAGCAGGAAUGAAGAAAGAAGCGGUGCAGAACGAGAGAGACAGAAUAAGCAGGCGGAGGUCAGGCCAUGAGGAUGCCAGCCUGCCCCCCAUCAGCGCACUCGUACAGGCAGACAUGCUCUCAAAACAGAUAUCGGUACCGGAUUCCCUCCUACACGGGGAUAUCCGGAUUAGGAAGGUCGCGACCAUCCCAGACGUGUGUGAAUCCAUGAGACAGCAGCUGCUUGUCCUGGUGGAUUGGGCCAAGUACAUCCCCGCCUUCUGCGAGCUCCCGCUGGACGACCAGGUUGUUCUACUGCGUACUCAUGCUGGGGAACAUCUGCUCCUUGGAGUCAUCAGGAGGUCAAUGCAGUUCAAAGACCUGCUACUUCUCGGAAAUGGUCAAAUCAUAACCCGGAACUGUGCCGAGCUCGAGGUCAACCGGAUAGCGACGAGGAUCCUGGAGGAACUUGUCCUGCCUUGCCAGGAACUCCAGAUAGACGACAGCGAGUUCGCCUGCCUGAAGGCCAUCAUUUUCUUUGACCCAGACGCGAAGGGCCUGAGCGAAGUGCAACACAUAAAGCAGCUAAGGUACCAGCUGCAGGUCAGCCUGGCCGACUACGUCACCGACCGGCAGCACGAGUCUCGCGGGCGUUUCGGCGAGCUGCUGCUCCUGCUGCCCGUGCUGCAGAGUGUGGCCUGGCAUAUGAUCGAGCAGGUCCAGCUGGCCAGGCUCUUCGGCUCGGCCAAGGUCGACAGCCUCCUGCAGGAAAUGCUGCUGGGAGGUUUGGUGUGUGAAACGCACUUUGCCUCUUCUCUACAUCCAAAUGGAGUUCCAGAGUGUCUCAGCAAUAACUGUAUUGUGGACAGCAAUAUGCUUUUGAGUGAUAGAUUGAUCUCUUCCCCCGAAACGCCCCUCACAUCACCAUUAGCAACCUCCGUCUCCGAGCAGUACAACCUAAGCCAGGGUGAUAUCACCACGCUGCACAAAGACACCCCACUUCUACCCCGGCACAUUCCCACCAAGCAAGCGAGCCACUGAGCCUCCUCACAGAGUGGAAGCCAUCUUGGCCCUGAUUUACCUCCUAAUUUCUAUGGCGGCCAUUUUAAAGGCGCUUGUAAAUAUCUCAUGGCAUGUCAGGCAUGCAUU